GAAGAAGAAGAAGAAGAAGGAUUCAUAUUCAAUAGAAUAUAUAUAGAUAGAGAUAGAUAAAAAUAGAAGUUUUCAAAUAUUCGAAAUUAAUCGUGAUAUUAUUGCUUCGUUUUCCCGAAGUCGUAAAUUAAAACGCACGCUCCCCAAAAUAAUCCCGACUAUUUUUAUCUCGUGUAUCGUGCAUUACUCGAGACGAGAAAGAAAGAUAGGCGGAGGGGGAAAAAAAAGUGGAAGAACUCGAAGUAAAGAUCGGGGCGGGAGAAUUGGAAGGAACAGUGGGAAAAAUAAAAAUCUUCGAGGUUGUCUCGAAGGCCGGGCUACCUGCCACGGUAUAAUCGGGAGAGAAGAAAGUUCGUCUGGGUUCUACAUCCGGUUUUCGAGAUCGUUGCCUACAUUUCUCGAUAUCGAAUACUUAAACAUUUCUGUAUCAUCAUCUUUCGAACUUUUUUCUCGCGAAAUUUUUUUCGAAUAAAGUAUAUACAUAUUGGAAGAGAGGGGGGUGGAAGAGGUAAGAAGCGGAAUGCCGGCUCGUUAAUGAUCUUCGCGCGCCUCUUCGCGGUGGAAACGGAAGGAAUGAGAGGCGCCGCGGGUGAAGUUCCUUGGUGCCGAUUGAAUGGAGUUACUUCGAAGAGGUUUUGACUGUCUCUCGUGUCGACCGACUCGUCCCUCUAGAAAUCGCAAGGACAGAUAGUUUAUUAAAAGAUACGCGUGGUGUACAUGCGAAAGAUCGUGACACUUUCUCUUGCACGCGAUAUCUCAUUCAUCGAAACGCCUCGACGAUUGUCGUUUUCUUAAUCCAAUCGGCCAAGAAGGACACAGAUUCUUUUUCUCUGACGCAGCAUCGUUGUACAUCCGCGUGAGUGGAGUUGGAUCUACAAAAGCAGCGUGUCCCGAUCGAUACGCAGCUAGUCGAUCAGUAUGAUGUUGCAGAACUGUAGCGGCGGUGGAUCCAGAUGCGCCAGACGCGCUCUGAUAUUCGUGUUCGCCUGGGGUCUGGUAAUGAUCGCAGCUGUACAAUUCCGUCACGUGGAGAACAAUCUUAGAGAGACACCAACGGCUGAGGAUUCCACUAACGAAUUGCUGAUCGACGAUAUCUACAGUCGACAUGAAACACUGAACAAUCAUGGAUCUUCGAGUCUUGGUUUAUCCAGAUACUUGUUGCAGAGAUCCUCAGCAGACUCCAGUUUCUCGAAUUCUGGUGGUUCAAGUCUUCUAACCACUUUGACCACUAUAUCCAACAAUUCGACCAGAAAUCCUUUAGAUUUAGAGCCACUAUUAGACAAAAGACCUGCGAAAACAGAGGAAGAAUUAAUUCAAGAAAUAGAACAGAGAUUACCUAGUCUUCCUUUAUCUUACUGGAAUAAAAAUAGCAAAUAUUCUGGUAAUCAGGGCAAGAUUAAAGGCAAUAAUAGUUGUUCCAAUUUAAAAUAUCCCUCCAUCUAUGAUAUAGAAUUCAAUAAUGUUUACUGGCAAACAAUGAGAACCAGUAAUGGUACCUUUCAAUUAUUUGGUGCUUUUUAUGACCAUAGAAAAUUGUCUAGAAUAGGUCCAGCAAUUAGAAUUGUUGGAAUGAUUGACAGAAUUGAACCUAUUGUAAAAACUCACUGUCAAUUAUGGUAUGAUGGGGAAAGGGAACCCAAGAUUGUUGAAACUUUAGAAUACAAAUAUAUUUGGUAUCCUAAAUGGGGCAACUAUAAACAGGGAAUUUAUCAGCCUUAUGUAAUUGCUUGUAAAAUCCCACAAACUCAUUGGUUGAAGGGACCCCCAGCCUCAGUUUCUAUGGUAGAAAAGCCAUGUGAAACUCCCAGCAAUAAUCUUAGAGUGAUAUACAAUAAGCCUGAAUAUAAAAAAGAUUUUGCUGUUUGUGUAAAAGGAUUAGAUUUUCUUCAUGAAGAUCUAUCUGUCAGAUUGGUUGAAUGGAUAGAGUUAAUUACUCUAUUAGGUGCAGACAAAAUCUUCUUCUACCAGUUACAGGUUCAUCCUAAUGUGACCAAAAUUCUGGAUUAUUAUCAGAAACUAGGUAAAGUUCAUGUUACUCCAUUAACUCUUCCUGGUGGACAACCUAAUGUGCCUGCCUUCCAACAUAUGUAUCUGACUAAAAAGACCAAUCAUAAGAGACAGAAUGAAUUGAUUCCUUAUAAUGAUUGUUUAUAUAAACAUAUGUAUGAAUAUGAAUAUAUUGCUCUGUUGGAUGUGGAUGAAGUAAUAAUGCCAGUGAAAGAUGGUACAUGGCAGAAUUUGAUGAAAAGAGUAUUGACAAAAGCAUUUAAGAUUAGAAAUGAGACAAGAGCCUCAUAUAAUGUGAGAAACGUAUAUUUCCUAGAUGAUUUGCUGCAUUCUCAUGGAUACUUCAAAAAUAUACCAAAGUAUAUGCACAUGUUGCAGCAUGUUUAUCGCUCGAAGAACUUUACCAAACCUAAUCAAUAUAUCAAGUGCUUCCACAAUCCGGAAAGGGUGGUAACCUUGCAUAAUCACUUUCCUUUAGCUUGUUUGGGCGCUGGAUGCACCAGUUAUCCUAUAGAGACUGAAGAUGCUCAACUUCAGCAUUAUCGGGCCGAUUGCGUGAAAUCGUUGAGAAAAACUUGCGUCGAGUAUCGAGAAAACAGCGUGUUGGAUACUACGAUAUGGCGAUACAGAGACCAAUUAAUCGAAAGGGUUACCAGGACAUUGGAAACUCUUGGUUUUUUUGGACCAAGCUAGCGCAAACAAGAUAGAACGAGUCUCUGUGCUAUUGACGACGAAGCUUGAAAUCGUUUAGAAUCAUUUCCUUCGUUCGUCUCGUUUCCUUUUUCAUUGAAGUUUUUCAAGUUUGCUACUUGAAUGGUCGUUGGAAAGCGUUUGCUUCGUGGAUAAGGAUUUUUAUAAAAUUGAAUAUCUUUUUUUUUUUUUUUCUACUAUAUUUUCUAAAACCAAGGAUCUAUGCCAAAAAUUUAUUCUAAAAAUAAUCUUUCUAUAAAAGUAUUAUAUUUUUUUUUUAUAAUAAUGAUAUUUUGCAGUUUCUUAAAAAUUAUACAACAUAUAUUUUGAUUUUACAACUAAUGAAGUAUAAAUGGAGAUCCUUGAAUGGAAAGCGCGAAGCAUUCAUUCGUUGACCAACACAUUCGAGGACGAAAUGGCUGUGUAAUCGGAUGGAAUAUACGACAAUGAUUAGAAUAAAGCGUAGAAUAAGGAUAGCGUUAACGAUUUUUCAAUUUGUGCCACUAGAUGAAGAAACGUAUUCGCGAAUUGUAAAUUGAAUGCUGUCUUUGCUCAACGCCCUUCGAGAUAAUCGCGAUAUCAAUCGAUUCUUGAGUUAAUUAUUCUUUGAAUGCAUUCGAUAUAUUUCUUAUAAAAUCGAAUAUCAUCGAAUGCA